AUGAAGAUUCCACAGAGGACUUAUAAAAUGCGCCGUAGUUGUGACAGAGACCCAGAACUCCCAUUGAACAUUCUGAUCUUGGUAUUAGAGCUAGACACUGACCUUGAAGGAGCAGGGAAAGAUCUAAGCCCAAACCUGCCUCUGCACAAAGCUGCAAUCAAUGGUGACUGGAAGACAGCUGAAUCUUAUUUUCAACGAGCGCCCGAUCCUGAUGCAAUUAAGGCAACUAUCACCGGAGCUUCAGAAACGGCACUGGCAGUGGCAGUUAGAUCACCAACGAGAAACCAUUUUGUAAAGAAACUGGUGGAUAAGAUGUCAGAAAAUGAUCUUGCGAUGGUUAACGACUAUGGCUCAACAGCCCUUCAUAUAGCAGCAUCGUCUGGCAACACUGAGGCGGCCAAGUUGCUAGUGGAAAAGAACACCUGCCUACUUUAUCUGCAGAACAAAUAUAAGAACCUACCUCUCCAUGUAGCUGCUGCUAGAGGCAAAAGAGAUAUGGUUGUUUACUUAAUGAAAGUUACCAGAGAAGACGAUGAUGCCAAGCCAUUUGAAGGGGAAUCAGGUGUUAGACUGGUCCAAAAACUGAUAGAUGGUGGACUUUACGACAUAGCCCUCAAUUUGGUAAAGCGGCACAGUAAGUUGGCAUUUGGGAAUCCUUCUCCUUUGGAAGCAAUUGCACAGAAGCAAUCUGCAUUUCCAAGUGGAGCACGAUUAAAUUACUGGCAAUGCUUGCUCUACUGGGUAAGUCUUCUCAAUCUUUUUCCUCUUCUCUUUGUUUAA